AAAACCAAGACGGAUCGAGAUCUAGCCCUUGUCGCCAAGCAAAGAGCGGAAGAAGCUCUAAGCGAGACAGCGGCAAAACUUGAAGCCGCAAUAGAAGAGCGAGAGCAGGCAAUUGCCGAAAAAGAAGUAGCAGUGAUGGAGCGCGAUGAGGCCUUACAAGAAAAGGAUGCUGCAAUAGAUCAAGUAGGUUCGUCGCUGAAGGCAACUACGCAGCAGACUUCAAAAGAACAGGACACUUUGUUAAAUGCCGGAGAGGCAGUGGCUGUAGCGGAGUAUCCAGAGGCGCCGUCUUUCGUGAAGAAGGC